AUGACCAAGGUGUCUAUUGCUCCGACGCAACAGUCUAUCCGGUCUGUGCGAGUGCAGUCAAACCCGACACGGUCACCUCCUGAGUCGUCCACACUGCUCAAACAGACCACAACUCGAACUGCCAGCUCCAUCGGUCCAGUCGCUAAACACACUGCAGUGAGCUACAAACCUGGGAAAUGGGACAUCUUCAUGCUUGGCAUCACGAUUGUCGUCGGUGGGCAGUAUUUCUGUUGGAAUGCAGGCAUCUCUGCUGGUCUCUGGAGUUUUUUCAUCGCUUACCUUCUCAUUGGAAGUGCGUACAUCACUCUGUGUUGUUGUACGGCUGAAAUCACUGGCGCCUUACCGUUUGCAGGCGGUGCUUAUGGACUCGCGCGUUGUACACUCGGAUUCUAUCCUGCCUUCAUGAUUGGGUGUUGCGAAGCACUCGAGUACAUCGCGUACGUCUCUGCUUCAACUAUCGCAUUCGUCGAUCUUGUCGUCGAGGCUGCACCGGAGAUGAAGCCAUUUCGUCCUUUAUUAUGGGGUCUCUUUUACAUUAGUGCGUUGGUAUUCCACAUCAGAGGUGGUCGAGCAUUCUGGAUCUUCAAUCUCGUGCUUGGAGUUACCUCGUUGUUGAUUGUCGUUCUCUACUGCAUUGGCUCACUCCCGUUCGUCAGUUUUGCAAAAUACGCUAUUGACUCUGAUUUAGAGUUUGCGGAUGGAUUCCAGGGGUUUAUGAAGGCCCUCCCUCUUGCUGCCUGGUUUUUCGUUGGAGUGGAAGCUUUACCAAUGGCCAGUGAUGAAGUCGAACAGGCGAAGCAUAUAGUCCCCAUUGCUCAAGUCGGAUGCGUCUUGACACUAUUCGUGACUGGAAUAUUUGUGUACUUUGUCACGGUAUCAUUGCCACCUGGAUUGAAGUCUCUACCGACCGAGCUAGUCCCUUUUAACAAUGGAUUCACACUGCUAUUGGAUAUUCCUCGCAAGGCUGCGACUGUGUUAUCACUACCAGCCACUUACGCCACCGCGUUUGGAUUCAUGUGGUGCUAUGGAAAACUGAUAGUGGCAAUGGCAACGUCUAAGUUACUGCCUUCAUUUCUAAACAAAACAACGAUACAGAAUGACACUCCUUACGCUGCUCUAAUUGCUGGAACGAUUGUGAGCUACGCUCUAUGUCUAGUGGUGUAUUGGGCUCCAUCGAUCGGACAGUAUCUCUUCAACAUUUGUAUCCUCUCAGGCUUCAUGUCGUACACUGGUCAAUGUAUCGGCUACAUCUCCCUUAAACACAAUUACCGCAACAUCAAGAGUUCCGAGUUUCGCAGUCCAUUCGGAUCGUGGGGAGCUCUGUAUUCAAUGCUGGUGUGGGUGCUAAGUAUUGUGGGGAUCGUUGCAUUCCAGGGGAACGGCAGUGUCGAGACCUUUGUGUUUUUGACUGUCGUUGCACUCUUGACGCUCUUCUACUUUGGAUACGCACGGAAGCGCCAGACUUUUUCUCCUCAAGAGAACCGGGUCAUGUUGGUCGCCCACGUGACUAAAUUCAACAUUAAAAAAGUUGCAGCUGCUCGGCGCCAGAAGAACCAAAGUGCAAGCGCCACAAAUAGUAGCCACCAUACGAAAGGCAACAGCGAAGCUUCAGAUGGAAGACGCCCCAGUCAAGUCGCAGCAAUCGGAAAGCCUAUCAAAUCGAUUAGGUCUCUUAGAUCCGGCAGAAGUGGCAGAAGUACUGGACCAUAG